CUGGACCCGAUCUGGGACGACAUGGACAAGACUCUCGGCCAGCUCUUCAUGAUGGGCUUCGAAGGAACCACCGUCACGCCCCAAAUCCGCAAACUCAUCGUCGAACACCACCUCGGCAGCAUCCUUCUCACGGCCAAAAACCUGCAGUCCGCCGAACAAUGCACCGCCCUCGUCCUCGAACUCCAGAAGACCGCGUACGAAGCCGGUCAUUCGGUCCCGCUACUCAUCGGUCUGGACCAAGAAAAUGGCGGCGUCAACUCCCUCUUCGACGAGAUUUACAUCCGACAGUAUCCCUCUGCUAUGGGUCUCGCGGCGACAGGCAGCAAGGAGAUUGCGUAUGAAGUCGCUAAGGCGACGGCGGAGGAGAUUGCGGCGUGUGGGCUGAAUUUGAUGAUGGGUCCAUGUUUGGAUGUGUUGACGAAUGUGAGGAAUCAGCCGUUGGGCGUGAGGACUACGGGGGAUGAUCCGCAGGAGGUGAGCGCGUAUGGAAUUGCGUUCAUGAAGGGUUAUCGGGAUGCGGGCGUUAGUAUGAUGGGAAAGCAUUUCCCUUCGUAUGGGAGUCUAGAGUUCUUGGGUUCGGCGCUGGAUGUACCGACUAUCACUGAGAGCUUGGAGUCGCUCAGUCUGAAUGCUCUGGUGCCGUUCCGCAAUGCCAUUAAGGAAGGUCUGGAUGCUAUGAUGGUUGGUGGAUGUGCCAUGUCUUCAGCUGGACUGAAUGUCAUGCACGCUUGUCUGUCCGAGCAAGUCGUGAACGAUCUGCUACGAGUCGACCUCAAAUUUGACGGUGUGGUCAUUUCAGACUGCCUUGAGAUGGAUGCUUUGAGCCACAAUAUCGGAGUUGGAGGAGGGACCGUCAUGGCUAUUAAUGCUGGGUGUGACAUCGUCCUGCUCUGUCGAUCAUACGCGCAUCAACAGGAAGCUAUUGAGGGCUUCAAGCUUGGGGUGGAGAAUGCUAUGAUUUCGAAAGCCAGGUUAAGGCAGUCAUUGCAGAGGGUGCUCGAUAUGAAGGCGAAGUGCACUUCGUGGGAGAAGGCACUCAAUCCAGCUGGAAUCCCUUUGCUAUCGAGACUACAGCCCUCUCACACCACAUUGUCGACAAAAGCGUACAACUCGUCGAUCACCGUGGUGAGGGACAAGAACCGACUUCUCCCUCUUACCAACAUUAUGGAGCCCGAGGAUGAGUUGCUCCUCUUGACUCCCCUCGUCAAGCCACUGGUCGCCUCAGCUGCAUCGAGACAGCUGUCAGAGCAGGCGACAAACGGAUCACCUGAACCAGCCGUGUGGGAGCGGAGUGCAUCCGUCAUGUCCGGCGAACGAGUCUUCCGCGAGCUAGGACGCUCUCUCGCACGCCAACGAAGCGGCCGCGUCCUGCACACGUCCUACACCGCCAAUGGAGUUCGCCCUCAGCAUGAAAAUCUCAUCAACCGGGCCAGCGCCAUCAUCAUCGUCACCGCCGAUGCCAAUCGCAAUCUAUACCAACACGGCUUCACCAAGCACGUCUCCAUGAUCUGCAACAUGCACUACACCUCCGGUGGCGAACGGCGCGAGAAACCCCUCAUCGUCGUCUCCGUCUCCUCACCCUAUGACUUCGCCAUGGAUCAGUCCAUUGGCACCUACAUCUGCACGUACGACUUCACUGAAACCGCCCUCAUGUCCCUCGUCAAAGUCCUCUAUGGCGACUUCGUCCCCGCCGGAACUCUCCCUGGCGCCCUCUCCCAAUCCCACAAGAUCUCCCAAUCAAAGCAACACUGGCUCGUGGAGUCCUUCAACGAAGAACGCGACUCGACCGCCUUGGACGCCCUCAUCACCGCCUGUAACGACGCUACCCCACCGGGCCUCCGCUCGCACCUCGCCUCCGCAACCAACAACUCUUUCCUCCUACACAACCCCUCCAUCCUCGAAGCCCACUACGUCGUCCGCAACUCCUCCACCCACACCCUCUACGGCUUCUGCGCAACCUACCACUUUACCGCCACGGGAACAGGCGUCAUCGCCGCUCUAUUCGUCGACCCUUCCCGCCGCAAACUCUCCAUCGGCCACUCCCUUCACUCCCGCGCGCUCCGUACUCUCCUCCAACGUGAAGGCGUCAAGCGCUUCCAACUUGGCUCCCGCUUGCCAUCUCUCUACCUCGGCAUCCCGACGGGUCAACACACCUCCGACCGCAAACGUCUCCGCUCGUGGUUCGCAGAUCUGGGAUGGAACACGGCCCUCUCUCGCUCCGUGUGCAGUAUGGUCGCCCGCAAUUUGAGCACGUGGUCGCCACCUGACGGCAUGGCCAAGAGCUUGCAAAGUGCAAACGUCGACUUCGACCUCGUCUACGGCUGGGACUACGCCGGCCCGGUGCUGGACCACAUCAAAACCAACAAUCGCCAAGGUCUCGCGGAAGUGUACAAGCUCGCCCUCGCGGACCCGGCUGCGUGCGGUAUCAUUCGCGCCAAGAGGCCGGAGGAUGGUGCCCUGGUCGGCACGGUGGUGCUGUACAAUAUGCAAUCUACAUUAGCGGAGUUUGUGCCCGCUUCAAGGGAGGUGGGAGAUGGUGGGACGGUGGGAGGAAUUAGUAGUCCGGUCAUCAGUCCGAGUGUGGGUGAGUAUUCGACGUUGUUGCAAGGAUUGAUUCUUUUGGGGAUGAGGCAGGUCAAGGCGCAGGGUUGUGGGGCUUGUUUGUUGGAUUAUAUGGAUGGGGACGGGAAUUUCGAUGGAUUGUCGGCGAUGGGGUUUAGUGUUUUGCAUGGAUUUGAGGAGGUCAGUUGUGAUGCGGCGACUUGGACUAUGGUUCCUCCGACUUGAGGAAGCGUUCGUGGGACAUGGCAAGCAGGGCUGGUCCUGUCUUGGGCGGACUUGUAGGAGAUACUAGAUAUAUGUACGGAUAUACGGAG